CCCUUUUGUUUCAAACCUCUCUCUCCUCCUCCCAUCCUGUAAAACCUCCGCGAAAGGGUGUGCGUUUUGAAGGUUGUAUGAAGCUAUAAUAUCAAGGGAGACACGACGAGUCACUACAGAAACAUGAUUGGGUGAGCAGCGUUCACCCAAUGAGUUUCCGCCAUUUACCUCUCAGCUCAGCUGCCCCGGUGACAACCAAAGUGUCCUAUCUCAAAAAAACAGUGAAGAUGCCGCUUAGGGGGAUAUUACCUGAAAGUUUGAAUACCUGUGAUGCUCAGUAAAAAUGCGUUGUGACAGCUGGGCUGGUUCCUCUCAAGGUCAGAAUCUGAGUAACGCCGCCGCCUCACGGACGAACACCUUCAGGAGCCGAAGAGGAAGAACGGGCGCAAAGGAGGAGAAGGAGAUGCGAUUGUCUCCACCUACAUUCAGUAUCAGCAGUGACAUUCCUUACUAAAGACGCUGAUGGACACUAAAAAAGGAAAGGGUGAACUUGUAAAACACGUCUGUCCGGAAGUGGUCUGCUACAGCAUUGGUUACUGAGGUAAAAAAAACAACAAACUCUUCAGCAUCUUGCCGUUUCCUGCUUUCUUCCAGAGGCAGCAACGGUCGGUGACGGUUUACCUGACCGCUGCUGCACGCGACGACGUUCAGUCACAACUACCUAACGUCAACUGACAAAAAUGAGUCAGUUGGUUCGGUUUCAGGUAGUUUCUUGUUUCUUUCUUACAACGAUAUUUUCGAGGAUGGCAACGCGAGGUCGGAGUGGCUUCGGUCGGAGUUUACCGGAGCUAGGACUGCUCCUGCUGGCAAUACUGGUGCUGCUGGAUGGUACCGUGCUGUCCCUCGAAGCAGCCGCCUCCUCCGAAACCGACACCCAUGAGGGGAAUGACACAACCAAAAAGCCUUUCCCCGUCCUCGGCAUCAAGUACGACGACGUCAGUGUCCCCUUUGAAAUUUCAUUGUGGGUGCUUCUGGCCUCCUUAAUGAAAUUAGGUUUCCAUCUGAUUCCUCGUCUAUCAAAUGUCGUGCCAGAGAGUUGCCUGCUAAUAUCUGUUGGCCUGCUAGUCGGAGGAAUCCUCAAGGUAGCUCGAGAUGAGGUCCCGCCAGUCCUAAGCGACCGAAUUUUUUUCCUCUGCCUCCUGCCCCCUAUUAUCCUGGAUGCUGGGUACUUCUUGCCUAUCCGACCAUUUGUGGAAAACAUUGGCACAAUCUUGAUGUUUGCUGUUGUGGGAACUUUAUGGAACGCCUUUUUUGUCGGAGGUUUCAUCUAUGCUGUUUGUCAGCUCGCACAAGACAAGUACGGCGAAAUCAAUCUCGGCAACAUUGGGAUUCUGCCUUGUCUGCUGUUUGGCUCCAUCAUCUCUGCUGUGGAUCCUGUUGCUGUGCUUGCUGUCUUUGAAGAGAUUCACAUAAACGAGCUGUUGCACAUCUUGGUUUUCGGCGAAUCACUGCUGAACGAUGCUGUAACAGUGGUACUCUACCAUCUAUUUGAGGAGUUUAUGGACUCUGGUUCGGUGACGGCAGUGGACGCCAUCCUGGGAUUUGUCUCAUUCCUCAUUGUUGCGUUGGGUGGUGUCCUGAUUGGAGCCAUCUAUGGGAUCCUGGCUGCCUUCACGUCUCGUUUCACCUCCCAUACCAGGGUCAUCGAGCCUCUUUUUGUGUUCCUCUACAGCUACAUGGCCUACCUGUCGGCAGAGGUGUUCCACCUUUCGGGCAUCAUGUCGUUAAUAGCAUGUGGAGCAGUGAUGCGACCCUAUGUAGAAGCUAAUAUAUCCCACAAGUCCCACACCACUAUCAAGUACUUCCUCAAAAUGUGGAGCAGCGUCAGUGAGACGUUGAUCUUCAUCUUUCUGGGUGUGGCCACAGUGGAAGGAGAACACCACUGGGACUGGAUCUUCAUCUCAGCAACUCUCAUCCUGUGUCUGGUUGCACGAGUCAUAGGUGUGGUGGGUCUUACGUUUAUAAUUAACAAUUUCCGGAUCGUCAAGCUGACCACCAAAGAUCAGUUCAUUAUAGCCUACGGUGGACUGCGAGGUGCCAUUGCUUUUUCCCUGGGCUUCCUUCUGCAUUCGGAACACAAGAACAUCUUCCUGACUGCCAUCAUCACUGUUAUUUUCUUCACUGUCUUUGUUCAGGGUAUGACUAUUAAACCCCUGGUGGAGCUGUUGGCAGUGAAGAAGAAACACGAGGCGAAGCGCUCCAUUAAUGAGGAGAUCCAUACCCGGUUCCUUGAUCACCUGCUGACUGGGAUUGAGGAUAUCUGUGGACACUAUGGACAUCAUCACUGGAAAAACAAGCUGAACCGCUUUAACAAGAAAUAUGUGAAGAAGAUACUAAUCGCAGGCGAUCGCUGCAAAGAACCACAGCUCAUUGCCUUCUACCACAAACUGGAGAUGAAGCACGCUAUUCAGAUGGUGGAGAGCGGAGGGGGAUCUAAGCUCAGCUCUUCCUUCCCUUCCACUGUUUCCAUGCAGAACAUUCAGCCAAAGAUCCAGUCUUCUCCUUCUGCUCGACCGGCAGAAAGAGCUCUUCCACAGCUGACCAAAGGUCGAGAGGAAGAGAUCAGACAAAUACUCAGGACCAACCUUCAGAAGACACGACAGAGGUUGCAAUCCUACAACAGGCAUACUCUGGUGGUUGAUCCUGAUGAGGAGGGAUAUGAUGACUUGAUCUUAAAAAAGAAGAAGAUGAGGGAGCUGGACUGGAAGAUAAAAGAGAUGACCAACUACCUGACUGUGCCUCGUUCUCAAGGCUCCCCAACUAUGAGAAGAGCCAGAAUGGCUUCAGGCAGAAAUACUGAUUUCAUACCUCCUCAGCAGAAAAAAGGAAACAAACAGUCGUCAGAUUCACAGGCCUAUGUAAAGCCAGGUGCAAAAGACGUGCCCAGCAUCCAGAUUGACCUGGCGUCUCCACAGUCUCCAGACUCCGUCAGGCUGUUGGAUGAGGUCGGACAGGACCAAGGCCUGACAAUGAGCCUUCCUUCAAGUUCAAACAGAGCUUACAAAACUGGUGGGAAAGAUGACGACAGAGAUCAGCAGAAACUGUUAAGGUGCCUGAGUGACCCGGGGCCCAGUGCAGAUGAGGAUGAGGAUGAGCCUUUACCAACUUAAGAUGCAGAUCUCUUAGAGAAGAGCUGCUGCUCUGGUUGGAAUUUUCUCAAAAUAACAACAAAAAGCAAAAAUGCAAAUGCAGGAAGAACUAGUAAUAAAUAGCAAGAGAACAAGCCUGAGGGGAAAAAGAGCCAUUACCUUAUUAUUGUCAUUGCUCUUUAUUUUGUUGACAGCAGUAUAAAUUUAGUGCUGCAACUAAAAUCUGUGAGAAGUCAGAUUUUAUGACUGACGAUCUGAGACGUUCAGGAUAGAACUAUGCAUUACCAAAGCUUUGGACUGUUUUAGUGUCAGACAAUGUUAUUUUUAUCUUGUGUCAUUAAUGUUAAGUUCAGUGAGACAUUCAGGGCCUCUUGUCCUGAACAUAAUCAGUAAAAAUAAAUGUACAUUUUUCACUUUCCUUGUCAAGCUUUGCACUUUAGACUUUAGUUUUCACAAUCAAUUUGUCUGCUGUAUUCAAACAGAGAUGUAGCUGUUUGGCCUUUUUCACUAGAAUAUUAUUUUCUUUGCCUUAUUUAAAAUGACAUCUUUUUUAUUUUAAUCUCACCAUUACCUGUUUGAAAUCAUAUUGCAGUGUGCAGAUUCAAAGCUGGAUGUGUGUUUAUUCUGCAGGACACUGAGUUAAAGAGCGAUACAUCUGUAAAAACUGCAGCCUUUUUCUACGACUACGGCUUUAAUUAUAUGGAACCCUCACUAUCGCAGGAGGUUGGUGAGUUUUGUUUGAUCCCGAGGAACUGAGUUUGUCUAGAAGUUGGAGAAGAUUUUGGUACCAUUCUGAGCUAUCAUGGUACAUCAUACUUAAAAUAACUUUUAUCUACAAAUAUUUACCUGUUAUAAGAACCCGUUUUAGGUCUGGUUAAAAGUUGUUAAAGCAAUUUUUUUCCCCUCAUACUUUAUUAGCCAAGUGCCCAGUUGCAACCAUUUUCUAAUAUCACAUAUUUUAAAUGGGGUUUUUUUCUUUUUCAAUUUGUACAGCCACCUAUUCAUGUCUUAUAACCUUCUGAAUCACUGAUUGUCUGCAUGUCAUUGGAAAAAAUUUAAAUCUAUGCAGAAUAGAUGUUUAAAAUACAGUGAUUAAUAUCCUCUUUCUAUACCCUUUAAAAGUGGUUUAGCUUCUCUAGUCAUGCAAAAAUAUUGCUAAAGGUGAAGUUAAAAAUCAAACUUGGAUAUUGUAGAAAACAGUGAAUGAUAAAAUAAAUUCACCUGAACUUUUGCACAGUCUAGCUACUAAGUAAUUUAUCAGCUAAUUCUGUUUGAUAAAACUCAAAUCAUGUUAACAUAACUAUCAACAUCAUCAUUGUUUACCUGUACAGAAACAGAAAUGUCACUUUUCCAACUGUUAAUUUACAUUUUUAUAGAACAUCAGUUUGUUGGAGCACAUAAUUGUGCUCUAUAAACUUACAAAACAUAAAUAUCAAACAACUGAAUUCAUUUUGUUUUUAUAGUCCCUGUGCUAUUUCUGAAACUUAUUUGCUGGUUUAUGCUAUAUUACUGGUAUAAAGAUGGAAAGAAAUACAAAUUAUUAAUAAAAUUUUAUAAACUUUUACUUGACAAAAACAUUACAAUUUUAUUAAUUGUGAUAUCCUCAUAAUGUUUUCACUUUUCUGUUUUUUAUAGUUUAUGAAGGAUAUGUAAUAUGGCACUAAAGCUAACACUAAAUUAAAUUUAAAAAAAUAUAUAUUUUUUUCCUACUACAUGAGACAUCAACUGGUAUGAGAAAAAUUUGGUAUUUCUUUCCACAAGGAUUUCACCCAAUAUAGGAGAAGAACUUUACAUUAUUGACCAAAGUUUGCAUUUAAACGGGAGAAAGUUUUCCAGUGAUCGUUGUGUAGGACCAUAAUUUACCUCUGUUUGGUCUUUUUUCUGUUUGAAAUAAUACAUUUGAUGACACCUUGAACGUUUGUCAUCUAGUUCAGUGGAUGAAGGGUGCUGACUAUUUUGACUAUAACAAUGAUUUUUGGUCACAGAUUUCUGCUUUCAGUCAUCUGUGGAGAAAUGCCAGCAUAAUAUAUUUUGUUUUAACGUCGUAUAGCAUUAAUGUUCUGAUGCUUACGUAAAAACUACCACAAUCUCCUAGAAAUGUGGAUCAUUAACAAGACUUUAAAUGUAAAAGAGGAAAAUGGCAUUGUGCUGUCCUGCUUGUUUACAAUGUUCCUUCAAAAAAUGAAUGGUGUCAGAUUAAUUAAUUUAAUAGCUGGUAGGGAUUUUUUUUCACAAAGUUUUGUUAUAGAUUGUCAUUGUGGGGGAGUGGGAAAUCGAAGCUGUGGUGGUCCUCAGCUUUUACUCGCAAAUUUGCGAUGAUGCUGUAAUAUAAUUUUGAUAUAUUUUGUUAUGAAAUCAUCCCUGUGCCGACUUAACUAAUUUAGGUAAUUACAAUAAAAAUAGGAGAGUGACAAUUUCGGAAAAUAUACGGAAGCAACGACAACGAACCCUGUAUGGUUUAAAACAAAUAAACAUGCUUAGCUCUUGUUCCUUAGGGGGCUUUUCAGGCAGAACUGAAUUUAUUGCUGUUUUUAAAUGUAGCAAGCUCCUGAACUUUACAGCCUCUCAAAAUCUCUUUAUUCAUUGUUGAAUCUUUCUGCUGAGUUUCUUUUUGUUCGUGUUUAGCAGUCUUGCAAGACAUAUUGCACAUCUAAAUAUGGAAUAUAUUGGAUAUGCUUUUCAGUAUGGUCAGCUGUUUGAAUUAAAGUUGAUGAUCUAUGAAUGUGGUUAUAUUAUUAAAUGGGAGGGAAAUAAAACUUGUAUGUUUAGAUUCCAUUUAUAAAAUGAAAUGUUCAAUGGUUAAUUUCAAUGAUUCCAAAGACUUUUGUUUUAAACAAAAAAGAAAGGAACACUAUUUUCAUACUUUUCUUUUUCAUACCGAAUUAAUAUUUUAGGCAAACAUUCUCAGAUAUUUUACAGAGUAAUAUUUGGUGCAAAAAUCCUUUAUUCUGAAGCCUAAAGCCUGUAUUAGAGUAUAUUUGACUGUGUUAUUAAGCAAUAUAACUUCUUGCUUUGGUUAAGCUAAAGGUAAACAAUCUGUGUCUGCUUAUCUAUGAUAUAAUCUCUUCCUGUUGUUGAUGUAAACACUGGAUGUUCUUUUACUGUGGCGAAUUGUUUCAGUUUGUUGCAUUCGUCAUCUCUGCCUGAAUGGCAAGGCAACACCAGCAUUAACCUGAGCUUCUCUGUUCUUGCUUAUGUGUCUGCUUUCAAUCUCAUCAUGUUUUACACGUUCAAGUGCUUCAUUAGGAAACAUUUGUUUUUCACCAUAUGAUGUCAACGUUUUCUGCUUUUAUAGAUAUGUGUGCAAUGCAUUCAUUUCAUGUACAAAAAGCUUCACCUUUACUGUGACUUUGUCAUUGUACGUUUACUCGAACGGUGAACUUUAACAUUUGUUUUAUAAAGAGAGUGCUGAAAAAAUA